AAUUUGGCACCCGCAAGCACACCACUGGCUAACAUUGUUACAUUUUUAAUAAACAAUGCUCGAAUAAAAAAUCAUUCUGCUCAAGCGAAAAAUAAUUUGGAAACAGGAUUUGAGUAACGCGUACUUUCUAUUACGGAAUAUAAGAAGUGCUACCAUAGCGUGCGGACUGAAGUUACUCAUCAUCGACACCGAGUGCAGAAUUUCUUUCUGCAAAAAGUAGUUACCAAAAUGGGUUUGGGAGGAAAGCAGGAGCAGGAAUAUAUUUUUCAAGUGCCUGAAGUCGAGAAGAAGCGAGCAUUAGAGGAAUUGAGGGAAGAUGACGGUAUCAGGGAACAGUCAUUAGAGCAAAUGAGAGAAUGGAUUGCCAAACACCCGAAUAUUAAAAGAUGCAGAACAGAUGCGCCAUUCCUCCUACGUUUCCUGCGCACCAAGAAAUUCAGCGUUCCUCUCGCAUGCGAGAUGCUCGAAAGGUAUCUCACCAUCCGCAGACUCUACCCCCAAUGGUUCCAAAACCUCGACAGCGAAGACAAGGAUCUGGCCGACAUCAUCAACGCCGGCUAUCUUGUUCCUCUCUUGGACAGGGAUCAAGGAAGGAUGGUGCUUUUCAGCUGCGCAGGCAACUUCGACCCCCACAAGUACACUUCUGCGCACAUGGUGAAGAUUCACAGCUUGGUUACUGAGGCUCUGAUGGACGACGAGAUCAACCAGAUCAACGGGUACACGUACGUCAACGACGAAAGUGGGUUUACGAUGUCGCACAUUUCUCUGUGGUCGUUGACCGAUGUCAGGAAUAUCCUCAGAUGUAUUCAG